GCGCUGGCGUCGAGAAAGUACAGUAAAAAGUCCAAGUGCAGCGCUGGGCGCAAGAUGGGAACCGGCUCCUCCAGCUACCGGCCCAAGGCCAUCUAUUUGGACAUCGAUGGACGCAUUCAGAAGGUGAUCUUCAGCAGGUACUGCAACUCCAGCGACAUCAUGGACCUGUUCUGCAUCGCGACCGGCCUGCCUCGGAACACGACCAUCUCACUCCUGACCACGGACGAUGCCAUGGUGUCCAUCGACCCCACCAUGCCCGCCAAUUCCGAACGAACUCCCUACAAAGUGAGACCUGUGGCCAUCAAGCAGCUCUCUGAGAAAGAAGAACUGAUCCAGAGCGUGCUGACACAGGCUGCAGAACAGCUCUCAAGGGCGUUUAAAAUCAACGAACUGAAAGCGGAAGUUGCAAACCACUUGGCCGUACUGGAGAAGCGAGUUGAACUGGAAGGACUGAAGGUGGUGGAGAUUGAGAAAUGCAAGAGUGACAUUAAAAAGAUGAGAGAGGAGCUGGCAGCCAGAAGCAACAGGACCAGCUGUCCCUGUAAGUACAGUUUUUUGGACAAUAACAAGAAGUUGACGCCUCGACGCGAUGUCCCCACGUAUCCCAAGUACCUGCUGUCCCCCGAGACCAUAGACGCCCUGCGGAAGCCCACCUUCGACGUCUGGCUCUGGGAGCCCAACGAGAUGCUGAGCUGCUUGGAGCACAUGUACCAGGACCUGGGCCUGGUCAGGGACUUCAGCAUCAACCGCAUCACGCUCAAGAGGUGGCUGCUCUGCGUGCACGACAACUACCGGAACAACCCCUUCCACAACUUCCGCCACUGCUUCUGCGUCGCUCAGAUGAUGUACAGCAUGAUCUGGCUCUGCGGGCUGCAGGAGAAGCUUUCCCAAAUCGACAUCUUGACCCUGAUGACGGCGGCCGUCUGCCACGACCUGGACCACCCCGGCUACAACAACACGUACCAGAUCAACGCCCGCACGGAGCUGGCCGUCCGCUACAAUGAUAUCUCGCCCCUGGAGAACCACCACUGCGCCGUGGCCUUUCAGAUCCUGGCCCAGCCCGACUGCAACAUCUUCGCCAACGUGUCUCGGGACAGCUUCAGGCAGAUCAGACAGGGGAUGAUCACGCUGAUCUUGGCCACGGACAUGGCGAGGCACGCGGAGAUCAUGGACUCUUUCAAGGAAAAGAUGGAGGAUUUCGACUACGGCAACGAGGAGCAUCUCACACUGCUGAAGAUGAUUCUGAUAAAAUGCUGCGAUAUCUCCAACGAGGUCCGGCCGACGGAGGUCGCGGAGCCCUGGGUGGACUGUUUGCUGGAGGAGUAUUUCAUGCAGAGCGACCGCGAGAAGUCGGAGGGCCUUCCCGUGGCCCCUUUCAUGGACCGGGACAAAGUGACCAAAGCCACGGCCCAGAUUGGGUUCAUCAAGUUCGUCCUGAUCCCGAUGUUCGAGAUGGUGACCAAGCUGUUCCCUGUGGUCCAGGAGCUGAUGCUGCAGCCCCUGUGGGAGUCCAGAGACCGCUACGAGGAGCUGAAGCAAAUGGACGACGCUGCGCAGGAGCAGAAAGCUGAGAGCCUGACCUCGGGGGCCACCAAGUCCAGAGAGAAGAGCAGAGACGUGAAGGGCGCCGAAGACUGCGCCUGAAGGGAGCGGAGCUGCGGGCUGCUGUCCCGGACCCGGCCGGCUGAGCUUCGGAUCCCGCCUGCACGGGAAAGUGGUUCUGAGCACCCACGCCACGAGAGCACGUUUUCUAAGAGCCGUUUUAUUCCCUGAUACAAACAAAAGGACUUCCCAAUGCUGUACAGAAUUUUUAUUUUUAAACCUUCUUUUAAAUAAUAUAUUCUUAUACAGAAA